CUCGGCUCGGCCACAUGACGGGGACACACAGCUCCCCGUCGCACACACACAGUUCCACUUGAGGACGCAGGCGCGCGUCACAGGCUUGCCACACAGGCCCUGCCAGCGCAGUGUCCACAGCCACGGGGACAUGGGACUCCCAGGCACACAGCAGACAUGUGACCGAGGCAGGCACGCUUGGCUACACACAGAAAACAGCUCAGACACACCCAGGCACUGGCAGACAAACACGUCCGCGGAAGACAGGGACACACAUACGGGAGGUGCAGGGCCGGGGCGCACAGAUAGAGCUGCGCACACAGCACACACGAGGCCCACGACACAAACGCGCUCCUGUGGGCAGACGCAGAGCUUGUGGGGCAGGCGCGGCUGCACUCAUAGGCCAGACCCCCCCCACCCCCCACUCCCGCUCCCGCCUCGAAUCCCGUGUCCGGCCGCCGCCGGGGAACUAACUCCAAGGCUCACAUGACCCGAGGGGAGGGCUUCUGGAACAGUUGGCGGAGAAACUGCAUCAUCCCCUCUAAUGAUCCAUUUCCGCCCCCAGGGAAUAAAGGCUCAGUGACGGCCAGUUCUGCUCUGGAGCUCACCUGCCUCUCUGAGCCCCCAGCCGACUGACUUGUGCCUCCCCCAGGAUGGACACGUGGACGGUGCUGCUCGUCCUGCAAGCCUCGCUGGUGCUCCCCCUGGUGCUCCCCUGGGCUGCCGGCAUCAGUGCCAACACCCGCACCGCCCCCGCCCCUGUCCUGCGCUUUGUUGCCGUGGGUGACUGGGGAGGGGUCCCCAAUGCCCCGUUCUACACAGCCCGGGAAAUGGCCAAUGCCAAGGAGAUUGCCAGGACCGUGCAGAUCCUGGGCGCAGACUUCAUCCUGUCCCUGGGGGACAAUUUCUACUUCACUGGCGUUCAGGAUGCCAAAGACAAGAGGUUCCAGGAGACCUUUGAGGAUGUGUUCUCUGCCUCCUCACUCCGCAACGUGCCCUGGUACGUGCUGGCUGGCAACCACGACCAUCUGGGGAACGUCUCGGCACAGAUAGCCUACUCCAGGAUCUCCAAGCGCUGGAACUUCCCCAGCCCUUACUACCGCCUGCGCUUCAAGAUCCCACGGUCCAACGUGUCCGUGGCCAUCUUCAUGCUGGACACGGUGACACUGUGUGGCAACUCGGACGACUUUGCCAGCCAGCAGCCCGAGAGGCCCCGCAACCUGGCGAUGGCCCGCACGCAGCUGGCCUGGAUCAAGAAGCAGCUGGCGGCGGCCAAGGAGGACUACGUGCUGGUGGCCGGCCACUACCCCGUGUGGUCCAUCGCCGAGCACGGGCCCACCCACUGCCUGGUCAAGCAGCUGCUGCCGCUGUUGACCACGCACAAGGUCACCGCCUACCUGUGUGGCCAUGACCACAACCUGCAGUACCUUCAGGAUGAGAACGGCGUGGGCUUCGUGCUGAGCGGGGCCGGGAACUUCAUGGACCCCUCGAAGAAGCACCUGCGCAAGGUUCCCAAUGGCUACCUGCGCUUCCACUACGGGGCCGAGAACUCACUGGGUGGCUUCGCCUACGUUGAGAUCAGCCCCAAAGAGAUGAGCAUCACUUACAUCGAGGCCUCGGGCAAGUCCCUCUUCAAGACCAAGUUGCCAAGGCAAGCCAAGUCUGAGUACCAGCACCGACGGGGGCUCCACGCUGGGGCCUGAGUUAGGGGCGCCUCCCAGCUGGUGGGUGAGUGGGUCCCGCUGGGACCCCCUGCCCAUGGGCAGGCUUUCUCAAGGGCCGGUGGUGCUACGGCAGAGCAGGAAGGAGAAGGACAGAUGAGAAACUGUGGUGCCACGUGGCCUUUGUGACAAGGAUGCCCAUAUACGUGAAAGAAGCAUGGACACGUGUUCCGGCCAGAGUGCCAGGCCCCUUGGCCGGGCUCGCCCAGCCUGAGUUCCGGGCAUUGGGGGACAGGGAGGGAAAGCCCUCCCCUGGAUCAGGCAUCCUUCUGUCACUGCCAAAUAGUCAAUAAAAAAAAAUAGUUGCAGAGGC